AUGAUACAGCGACGGUCGAUGCGCCCGGACAUCGGCACGGGCUUCGGCGAGAUCGCGGACCUCGCGGUCCUGGGCCACCACACGGGGUCGCAGCCGUACGCGGCGCAACACGCGCGCCGUGCGACGACAGCCGCGGCCUCGCCGGCCCUCGCGACCAUGCCCGCCGCGUGCGGCCGCGGCCUCAAGUUCUCUCCAGCGCAGCGGCACCCCCGCGACGGCGAGCGGCCCAAGACGGCCGCGCCCAACCCCGGAGCAGCAACCCUCGCGGACUUGCGCAGCCCACGGCGCUCCUCGUCGCGACGGCACGAGAAGCCGCGCGAGCGGCCGACCACGGCGGGCCAGGCUGAGGGCAGCGCCGCGCACCGCACGUUCUAUCGCUCGGCGUUCCGCACGCAAGCCGCGGCUCUGGGGGCGCCGGUGAGCCCGCCGCCGGGGCGGUCGUCGCCGAAGGUCGGCUCCGGCGCGGGGCGCGCCGCGGCGGCGAUGCGGCUGCGCACGGAGGUGCUCGACGGCCGGAGGAGCGCGGAGCCGGACCGGCGCGGCGUUUCCGCGAUGCAGGCCGCGAGCGCGACGCGGCCACAUACGGUGUCCGGUGCGGGUCGGCGGCACGUGUGGCACGUGCCGAACGAGGUCACGAUCGACCUGCCAGAGGAGCUCGCGACGCCGGACCGGUCGCGGAGGCCGCCGGGGGCGGUUGCGUCUCUCAAGCAGACUGCGCGGCCGGCGACGGCGGGGGCGGGGAGCUCGCGCGCCCGCGCGAUCGCGGCGGCGGCCGCGGCCGCAGCGGACCCACGGGCGCUCGCGGUGUCGGGCCGCACGUGGACGGCGUCGCCCGCGUCGCCGCCGCGCGAGCCGCAGCGCACGCUGUCCCCGGGCUCGCGCCCGCGGUCGCCCCCCAGCGCCGUCACGCCGCGGAGCCUCCGGGCGCCGUUCGGCGGGAUCACGGUGGCCGUGCCGGAGUCCGCGCGCGUGCCGAUCGCGUUCAGCGACGGAGCGGCGUUCUCGCUGGACCCGUGGGACACGCAGGAGGCGACGCCUGGGGAGGGCGUGGCGCUGGAGCUGGCGCAGGACGGCGGGGACGCGUGGGCGAUGCCGGGGCUCGUGAAGCGCGCGGUCGACGUGGUCGCCGCGGCGGAGCCGGGGCUCACGCUCGGGCACAAGCACGGUCCGUCGGCGGCGGCGUUUUCGCACGCGUUACUCACCGAGUGCGCGGCGCUGAGCAAGGAGCUCGGGGUGGACACGGAGGAGGUGCUGAGGGAGAUUGUGGCGGAGGGGGAGGCGUCGGGGCACGGCGCGCUGCUGGGGAGCCCGGACAGCAACAGUCCGCUGACCGCGAUGCGCAGGCUGCUGCGUCGGUCGUACGGGUCUCAGGGGAACUACCCCGGGGGCGUGCCGCACGCGACGCUGCCGCCGCGGGACCUGCCGUCGCCUGCGUCGCCGCGGCGGCGGCCGGCGAGGAGCGCCGGGGAGAGUCCUGGGGGCUUUGGCGGGGGAGUUGAGCGCCAGCGCCGACGACGUGCUGAUCGGGGCGCGGCGCGUCGGCCAGUCCCCGCCGUCGCCGCUCUCGCGCUUCGACGACCGCUUCCCGAGCCUCCACGGCACGACAUGAAGGGCGUUCGCACCAGCGCCGUGGACGCGAAUGCCACGGACAUUGUUGUGUCGACAUGCGUGUCCCUUGUUUGA